AUGGAAAUAACCAAGACAUCUGGGAUGAGGAGCGCCGUUCUUGUGCUCUUACUGGCUGUUCUUCAGGGAUUUCGACUAGUAGACGCUCUUCCAAACCCAUCACCUCUCCUGGGUUCCAACUGGGGGCAUCCGAGAAGAUACGUACACAUGCAGACGUCUUCAGACGUGAACAACUUCUACCUUGAGAUCAGUUUAAAUGGCUACGUGCGCAAAACUACACUUCGAAGCUCAUACAGUGUGAUUUUAUUGAAGGCGGAAACAAGAGAGCGCGUGGCGAUGCUUGGAGUCAAAAGUAACCGCUACCUGUGCAUGGAUUCCCUGGGAAACCCUUUCAGCUCUACCGUUUGCCACAAGGAAGACUGUCUUUUUAACCACAAGCUAUUGGAAAACCACCGCGACGUGUACUACUCUUGCCGAACUGGUAUUCUGCUCAACUUGGAAGGGAUAAAGCAAGUGUACACUGUGGGUCAGAAUCUACCGCAAACCUCCCUCUUCCUGUCGGAGAAGAACACCGUGCCACUGGAGCGCCUCUUGCACCGGGAGAAGAGAAACCGGGUGGUUGACCCUUUUGAUCCGUACAACAUGCUGGGUCAAACGGAGGAGGAUGAGGACUCCCGGGCUAUGCCGGAGCUGGAUGACACCUUGGAGACGGACCAGGAGGAUGAACUCCCCGAGGGACGCAACAUCUCCAGGGAGACCCCCCAUUCUUCCUCCGACGACCCGUGGAACGCGCAUUCCCUAAACCCCCCUCCCAGCCCCCGUAUCACGAAUCCAAUGGCGGGAUAAGGGGACAGGACACUUGCCG